GCUGGUGCCAUGAGAUCAGAUGGUUGGCGAUCAAAUAUUGAUCGUCUCCUUAUAACAGUUGCAACAAAUGCUUGCAAAGUGGGAUGGGCUAACAACAAUAGUACCGUAGUUUAUGGUGAAGCUACUCCUGUAUGGGCAGACUUCCAACUUGCUGCUUUACGCGCACUUUUGGCAUCCCUUCUUUCUCCUGGUCGUGUUCGCCCUCCACAUCUUGCUCAGGGUCUCGAACUUUUUCGUAGAGGCAGUCGAGAAUCUGGAACAAAAAUUUCUGAAUAUUGCUGUCAUGCUCUUUUGACCUUGGAAGUUCUCAUACAUCCUAGGGCCCUUCCAUUUAUAGAUAUUCAAUCGGCAGUUGACCAUUAUGGUAGUGCUAGUCUCAACCUUCCAGACGUACACUUCGCAGAUCACAGAAAGAACACUUCAUUUCAUUUUAGCACACUAGGAAAGGAGCCUUCUCAGCCAUAGUCUGGGGAUGAUGAUCUGUACGAAAGGUGGUUGGCAAAUGGCGAUGAAACAGAUGUCAAUGACCUUGGAAAAUAUACCAGCAGUGAUAAAGAAUCCUCUGGGACCUCUACCCAUCCAGCAUUUGAAAAGCUUCCUCGUGGUGAUUCUCCUUCCGAAAGAAAUGAGCAUGAAGGUGGUGAUUUGGGGCAUCAGUCUAUUCCAUCCGUCAAUGAGCUUUUGGUCGGUGGAAGAUGGGGCUCAUUCCGAGAGGAGACAAUGAGUUUUAAUGGCAGAGACAACGUGAGAGAGGUCCGAAAGGUUUCUGAUGGGUGUUUUUCGUCCGGGAUGUAUUCCCUGAGAAGUGACCGCAGCAUCUAAGGCUUCAAUGCGACGUCGUACACGCCUUGAAUGUGACUACUGGCCGCCAUUGAAGAGAGACGAGAGAGUUGAGGGGAGAGAUCCAACUGAACCUACGGGAGGCGGAUAGGGACAGGAUUAUCACUUAAUCAGAUGAGUGCACUACCCACCGAGGAACAUGGUACCUGAGAAUGUUAAAUUGAUUUUACCACCCAAUUCAAUGUUAAAUUUAUAGAUGAUUUAACUUUUCGCUUUCUUGUUUUCUUUUGAGUUUUUUUUUCAAUUAUUAUCUUAUAGCCUU